UUCUCGGUUUGACCCCCCAGCGCCCACCUCGCCCCCGGGGUGCGCGUUGACUCCCCCCCGGAGAGCUGGAAAAGCCGGGGGACGUAGAGGAGCUUGUGGCGUUGCUGGAGGAGGAGGACGAAGCCAUGGGGAGCGGGGCCAGCGCCGAGGACAAGGAGAUGGCCAAGAGGUCCAAGGAGCUGGAGAAGAAGCUCCAGGAGGACGCGGAUAAGGAGGCCAAGACUGUCAAGUUGCUGCUGCUUGGGGCCGGAGAGUCCGGGAAGAGCACCAUCGUGAAGCAGAUGAAGAUCAUCCACCAGGACGGGUACACGGAGGAGGAGUGCAUGGAGUUCAAGGCCAUCAUCUACGGCAACAUCCUGCAGUCCAUCCUGGCCAUCGUGCGCGCCAUGUCCACGCUGGGCAUCGACUACGCCGAGUCCUCCUGCGCGGACGAGGGUCGGAUCCUGUUCAACCUGGCCGACUCCAUCGAGGAGGGCACGAUGCCCCCCGAGCUCGUGUCCUGCAUCAAGAAGCUCUGGAAGGACGGGGGGGUCCAGGCCUGCUUCGACCGCGCCGCCGAGUACCAGCUCAACGACUCGGCCGCGUAUUACCUGAACCAGCUGGACAGGAUCACAGCCCCCAACUACCUCCCCAACGAGCAGGACGUGCUGCGCUCCCGGGUCAAGACCACGGGCAUCAUCGAGACCAAGUUCUCCGUCAAGGACCUCAACUUCAGGAUGUUCGACGUGGGGGGGCAGCGCUCGGAGCGCAAGAAGUGGAUCCACUGCUUCGAGGGCGUCACCUGCAUCAUCUUCUGCGGGGCCCUGAGCGCCUACGACAUGGUGCUGGUGGAGGACGACGAAGUGAACCGGAUGCACGAGUCCCUGCACCUCUUCAACAGUAUAUGCAACCACAAGUUCUUCGCAGCCACCUCCAUCAUCCUCUUCCUCAACAAGAAGGACCUUUUCGAGGAGAAGAUCAAGAAGGUCCAUCUCAGCAUCUGCUUCCCGGAGUACGACGGCCCCAACACGUUCGAGGACGCCGGGAAUUACAUCAAGACCCAGUUCCUGGACCUGAACAUGAGGAAGGACGUGAAGGAGAUCUACAGCCACAUGACCUGUGCCACAGACACCCAGAACGUCAAGUUCGUCUUCGACGCCGUCACGGACGUGAUCAUCAAAGAGAACCUCAAGGACUGCGGCCUCUUCUGAGCCCGGGAAGGAAACAUUCCCAUCUCUCCGUUCUGCUGAGCAGAGCCAAAGGAAGAACCACCCCCUCCACACGUCACCGCUCCCACUUUUUCU